UUAUCGAAAGACAGUAAUACCCCUGCCUCGCUCUAUUGCUAGUGCCCUUUCUGGAUUUAGACAUAUUCAUUUUUUACUUCAUUCGCCAUUUUCUCAAUUCGAAAUAACCGCUCGCUUAUAUUUGCGGAAUUAAGGAGUGGAAACAGGGAAAAAAAGGAGAAUGUCCAGAUCAUCAUCGGCGUCCAUGACGACGCCGUUUCCUGCUAUCAAGCCGGAGGCUUACAACCACAGUCCUGUUCACUACGCCGUCGUCUUGGGGGAUCACACGACUCUGACUCGACUGGUUUCCACUCUACCCAAGCUGGCUGAUCCCGCCCAGAUCCACUCCGAGUGCGACUCGUUGAGUCAAGAGCGCGUAGCUGACCAAAUCUCUGCUGUUCUGGACCGUCGUGACGUCCCCUUCCGUGAAACUCCUCUCCACCUCGCAGUCCGCCUCAACGACGCUGUAGCGGCUAGAACACUUGCAGCUGCUGGAGCUGACGUGUCGCUCCAGAACGCUGCGGGCUGGAAUCCGCUCCAGGAAGCUCUGUGUCGCCGAAGCUCCGACAUUGCGUUGGUUCUGCUAAAACUCCACCACCGCUCCGCCUGGAGCAAGUGGCGCCGUCGUUUACCUCGCGUAAUUGCCGUUCUCCGCCGAAUGCGGGACUUCUACAUGGAAAUCUCCUUCCACUUCGAAAGCUCUGUAAUUCCAUUCGUCGGAAAAAUCGCACCUUCCGAUACGUACAAGAUCUGGAAACGCGACGGUAAUCUCCGAGCGGAUACUUCAUUAGCCGGAUUCGACGGCUUGAAAAUCCAACGGGCUGAUCAAAGCUUUCUUUUUCUCGGCGACGGCGAUCACGUCCACAACAUUCCUUGCGGCUCAUUGCUAGUCCUCAACCGCGACGAUCGCAAAAUCUUCGACGCAUUCGAAAACGCCGGAGCUCCUAUGAGUGAAUCUGACAUUGCAGGCUUUUGUUCCCAAACGAGCGUGUACCGACCGGGAAUGGACGUAACCAGAGCGGAACUCGUGGGAAGAACUAACUGGAGACGCCAAGAGAAAACCGAGAGCGUCGGUGAAUGGAAAGCUAAAGUUUACGAAGUACAUAACGUGAUUUUCAGCUUCAGGUCACGAAAAGUCGCGAGUUCCGAAAACGACGUCGCGGGAAGUGAACAGGUGUUACCGUUAGAGCUUGACGAAGACGACGACGGUUUUUUAGUUUGCGAGAAUCCGAAUUUCGCUAUGCCUGAUAGGAGAAGGCAUAGUAGCUUCGUCAGAGAGGAGAGGGAGUGGAUUUCGGUCGGGAGGAAGAGUGUGGACGUUUUUCCUUCGUCAGCGGCGGCGGCUGUGCCUCCUCGAAGAUCGACAACUUUCGUACCGACUACGACGACCACAACGGUGGUGCCGCCUCCGCAAACUAAGGAGAAAGAGUACGUGAGAAGUUUACGGCCGUCUGUUUGGUUAACGGAACAGUUCCCGUUAAAGACAGAAGAGCUGUUACCGUUACUUGACAUUUUGGCGAAUAAAGUGAAAGCUGUAAGGAGGAUGCGAGAGUUGCUGACCACCAAGUUCCCGCCGGGAACAUUUCCUGUCAAGGUUGCGAUACCGGUCGUCCCUACUGUGAGGGUGGUGAUAACCUUCACGAAAUUCGUCGAGCUCCAACCAACAGAACAGUUCUACACCCCGCUCUCGAGUCCUCGGCAUUUUUCUUACGGCGGAGGAAGAGGCGGAGGCCAAGCGGAGGAGGACCAAAAACCCGAGACCCACAAGUCGUCGUUGCCAUCAUCAUCGUCGUCGUCAUCGUGGCCGUCGACGGCGUGGUUGAGGCGAAGCAACAGUCAAUCAGUGUCUGCCAGCAAGCAGCAGCAGCAGCAACAGCAACAGCGUAGUUCUUCUUCUUCUUCAAUGGCACAACAAGCGGAUCCUUUCGCUAUUCCUAGUGGAUAUACUUGGACCACUGCCGACGACAAGUCCAGCAAGAUGAAGAAAUCCAAGUCCACCAGGAAAUCAAAGUGAAAAUGAUUUUCUCUAUGUUAAAUUUUGAUUUGGGGUUUCAACUUGCAAAUUUUACAGUGUAGAUAUAAAAUCCCUGAUGGAGAAUUUGGCACACAAUUUUGUUUUAAUUGCCGAAAAUCCUUACUUUUGAUCAAUGGCAAUGGGUUCUUUGUAGGAUUCAAUCA